AUUACAUGAUUCGUCGCCAUUUGUUUCUUAUUUGUAAAUUUUUUUAUUCCAUGGGCAGUGCAGAAAUUUUUGGAGUGGUCUGAGGAAUGUGUUUGACGACUUUGGCCAUUUACUCGAAGAAACUUCUGUUUCGCAUCACAUUUUGUAAAAAAUCUAGGUAACGGAAUCAAUUUUUUAUCAAAUAAUGUCUGUUGCCUCUGCACCGCUUGUUCCUUAUUGCCAGAGCACGAGCUUCAUAGGCAUGUAGAUGCGCUGCGAACAUUUCCCGCCAAAAUAGUUCUACAAUCUCCCUUUCCGAUUCUGUUAUUAAAUAGCCGUCGUCGCCUGACGAUGGAAGCGGACGUGAUGGACACGAUGAACACGAGCACAGCUGCCGUGCGCCUGCACCAUGUGCACCACGUGAAUCCGGACCACCACGGCAAUGGAUUCUUGGCCAUGAAUUGCAUGCGGCAGCGAGGGCAGCUUUGCGACGUCAGCUUGCUUGCCGGAAAUGAUGUCAUCUCGGCUCAUAAAGUGGUGCUAGCUUCCUGUAGCGCCUAUUUUCACGCUAUGUUUAACUGUGAAAUGUCGGAAAAAGAUAAAUCAUCUAUCACCAUGCAUGAUGUGGACCCGGGAGCCUUACAGCUUCUCGUGGAUUUUGCAUAUACGGGGGAAGUACUUAUUUCCGAAGAUAAUGUUCAGGCCUUACUUCCUGUAGCGAGUCUUCUACAGGUACAGAGCGUUCGAGAAGCUUGCUGCAAGUUCCUACUUCGUCAGUUGCACCCCUCGAACUGUCUUGGUAUCAGAAGUUUCGCAGAUGCUCAUUCGUGUGAAGAACUUCAUCGGAAGUCACACAAAUACGCUUUGCAAAACUUUCAAGAAGUUGCUCUAACAGAAGAAUUUUUAUUGUUACCAUUUUGCGAGGUUCGCGAUUUAAUAGCUAGUGAUCAAUUAAAUGUGGUGUCGGAAGAGGUAGUAUACAAGGCCAUUAUUACCUGGAUACGACAUGAUUCAUCUAUAAGAGAAAGGUACAUUGGCAAGCUGUUGCACCACGUUCGUUUGCCACUGACAGGCAGAGAUUUCCUUCUCACCCAAGUAGCAGAAGAACCUCUACUGCAAAACAGUCAAGAAGGCAAAGAUCUUCUUAUAGAAGCUAUGAAAUACCAUUUACUUCCAGAACAAAGGAAUAACAUGGUGUCUGUCAGAACAACGCACAGAAAACCAGAAGGUCUGAGGCCUUAUCUCUUCGCAAUAGGACCUUGUGUUUUCGCAAAUUUCAAAAAUAAGCCCCUUGUUCCGAUGUUUGCAGGUGGUGGAUCUCUCUUUGCCAUCCACUGCGAAUGUGAAUACUACAAUCCGCGGACAGAUCGGUGGUCUCCCAUCGCAUCCACUUCACACAGGAGGUCUCGAGCGGGUGUAGCUGGAGUGGGAAGGCUAGUUUAUGCAGUUGGAGGCUAUGACGGUUCCAAAGAUUUAUCUUCAGUUGAAUGUUACAACCCUUUAACUAACAAAUGGUCACCUGUGCCACCAAUGGGAACCAAAAGAAGUUGUCUAGGAGUGGCAUCACUUAAUGGAUUGCUUUAUGCAGGGGGAGGUUACGAUGGAGCAUCUUGUUUGAACAGCGUCGAAAGGUAUGACCCUCUCGUCACAACUUGGUCUUCUGUUGCAGCAAUGGAAAACAGACGAAGAUAUUGCAGGAUGGGAGUAUUAGAUGGAUCAAUAUAUGUUGUUGGAGGUUAUGAUGGAAUUAAUUACGCUUCUUCAGUUGAACGCUUAGAUCCAAGGGAAGGCAAAUGGCAACAAAUAUGCCCUAUGAUCAACAGGAGAAGUAGCUCUGGAGUUGCAGUCUUAGAUGGUAUGCUGUAUGUGGUGGGAGGCAACGAUGGCAGUUUAUGCAUGUGUAGUGUGGAAAGAUUCGAUCCAGUUAAAGGUGCUUGGGAAGCUAUGGCAUCCAUGCAUACUAGAAGAACAACACAUGAGGUGGUUGAAGCAGAGGGAUACCUCUAUGCAAUAGGAGGUAAUGAUGGCAGCUCAAGUCUCAGUACAGUGGAAAGAUAUGAUCCAAGGCACAAUAAGUGGAUGCUAGUCACCUCUAUGAGUCUACGUAGGAGCAGCAUUGGAGCAGCAGUUCUUGAAUGCCAAAACUUAGAACGCCUAUUGUCAUCAGAGGAAUCGUGAAUAUUUAAAAACAUAAGUGGACCAAAGCAUUUAUUUAAAAUAGCAAAGCAUUAGAGAUGUAAGUGAUAUUGUUUUAAAUUUUACUGUUAGAUGGGUGUCAAAAUCCCACUUCUACACAAGUUAUAACAGCAAAGUGUUGGGUGCAUAUUUGCUUACGCAUUUAAUUGUGUAUGUAAAACAGGUUACUAGCUAUUACUGUUGGGUGCAAGUGAUGUAUGAACAGAUAAAAGUAUGAAGUUUAUGAACAAAAUA